AUGAGCAAUUAAGACAGCUAAGAUAAGUCUUAUGAAUUUAAAAUUGAUUCAGAUUUGCCUAAAUUCUAGAAUCUACCUAUGAAUGAAUAUUAUUAGAUAGAAUUCAAAUAAGCGUUACAAAGUGGUUUAAGAGAGAUUGCUAUAUAAAAGUAUUCAUUCAAUAUAUAUAUUAAUGAUAGACCAUAAAAUGCAGUUAGAUUUUUAGGUGAAUAUCUUCUAUAGUACAAAAUGAAAUAGUGA